AUGGACUUCGAUCUGUCGACCUCCUCCGUGACGGAGGCGCUGGGUGAUCUCCGGCAGAAGUUGCAGUCGGUGCAGGAGGACGCGGAGUUGUACUCCGCCCUAGAGAAAAAGGCCAGCAGCAGCUUCGAGCGACACCGCGCGGAGCUCACGCUGCUGCUGCAGAAGGAACGCGCCAUCCAUGCCGCCGCGGAGGAUCAGCUGCGCGACGAGCUGCAGCGUCUGCUGGUGGAGAACGAAAGCGCCAACGAGCAGCUGGCGUCGCUGCGGCUGCAGCGGGAGCGGAGCUGUCGCGCGGAGAUGCAGGCGCGGCAGCAGCAGCUGGAGGAGCGGGAGGAGGCGCUGCAGCGCGAGCUGGUGGAGCUGCAGCAACAAUUCAAGGCUGUCCGCACCGACGCCGAUCUCGCGCAGCAGAAGAAGGCGUGGCACGAGAUGCAGCUGCGCGAGGUGUUGGGGCGGCAGCGGGUGCUCAACGAGGAACUGCAGCAGCUUCGGUGUGAGGCAGAGCAGCAGCGCGCACGCGCGGCGGCGGCGGCCCGGCGGCAGGAGCGGCACAGCCGGAGGCAGGGCCUGAGCUGCGGCCUGGAGAAGGCGUUUCUCCCCGCCGGGCUGCCCGACCAGUGCCACAGCACCGCCCCCGCCUCGCACCACAUCGCGGCGAUUGUGUCGACGGUGGAGCGGCAGAACUACUACAAGCCUCGGCUGUACUACCGGCGCCGUGGCAUUACGUCCCCGAUGGAUCGACGACUAGAGAGCCCGCCACGCUGCGGCAUGGACACUCCCGGGGAGCUCAAGCCGAUGCCGCUUCUGCGCUCGUGCUCGCCGUCAAUGACGUUUCUGGCGAGGGAGAAAACGGCGCCGACGUCCUCGUUGCCCUCCACGCCGAUGCGUCACGUAGAGGAAAGCAACGCCACCUCAGAGUCCUUGAGUCAUGCUGGGACGAGAAGUGGACGUCACCUCGCGGCGGUGUGUCGUUCGCUGCUUCGCGAGACCCUCGCGAUGCGGCGGGAGUACCAGGACUGCAAUGCGGCGCUGAGUGACCCCUGCGCGGACACGGUGGAGCUCAGCCGGCGCAUGCGCAACCUCAUGAAUGAGCUGGACCGCAAGGUGCAUCAGCUGCGCAGUCUGCGGCAGCAGCAGGCCGCGGUGGAGGACAAGCUGAAGUUACAUGACAUGCUGCUGGAGAUUGCGGCAGAGAACAACUACUGUGAGAACAUCUACGGUGACCUACUCGAGCUCAUUCGUUCCUAA